AAAUGUUGUGUCGCAAACUUGAACGCUUUAGUGAGCGAGUGAUAGCCAAAGAGGGCACGAGCACGAGUCUAUCAGGCCGAACACGGUGUCAGUGUGUGUUGUGAAGUGAUGUGAGACGCAGGCAAAGAUGCUAUAAGAUCAAUAUAACAAAACCCAACUAAACGUAAUUUAACAACAGUUUAAAAACGAAAAAAACCCAAAAAUAAGCGACGCGCAACAAGACGAAAACCAAGCGUGAAAGCAACUACAAAAAAAUAAAAAAAAAUUAAGAAAAAAAAGGUGUAAUAAAGUGUGAGGUGCAAAGUGAAUAAACUGCACAGAGAGCCCUCGACCCCGUACCUCCCUCCUCCCCCACAACAGCGUGCAACCAAGCAGCAUGUGAAGUCGGGACGCAACCAGCGAACAUACGAAAGAAACAAUAUUUAUGCUCUGAAUGUUGGAGAGCUUACAAAAUUUACGUGGCAGAUGAUAUACGACAAAAUUCAAUUGGUUUUGAUUUCGCAAUAAGGGAAUCAAGAAAUAAAAUUGCGAGCGAAGACUUUCGAGAAUUCGCGAAUUCAAUCGCAAUAAACAUUGUUAAAUUUGUAGCCUCGCUUCAAGGUCAUAUCGAUUGCCAGACCAAUUUAUCGAUAACAAGAACAAUAUGCAGUUGACGAUGUCCAAGUUUCGGUGCUGGCUCCAAGUUGUUGAAAUAACAAUUUGCCUUUUAAUAUUUAUCGGCGGUAAUCAGCUGCAUGUGGCCAGUGCAACGACACAGUUGGACGAGGACCCCAUACCUCUACCAUGCGAUUCGAUAAUGUGUCCGCCGGAAGCGGAUAUGCAGUGCCCGGAGGACAGCGCCAUUCGGGAGAUACGUGAAAUAAACGCUGUGGAUUUAAUCAAUUCGAAUGCAGUGGGGAACAGCAUUUCAUCAUCGGUUGCCAGCACGGAGAGCAGUGCAUAUAACAGCAGCCUGAUUCCGGAUGAUCUAUUUGCCCAGUGCUGUCUGUCCAAGAAGUGUGUGUGCAAGACAUGCUACAUUCCGGACUGCAACAGCGACGAGGGUGAAGUUGUGGUUGAAUUGGAGCCGGAGGCGAUGGACACGCCCGGACAAUGCUGUGGCAAAUUCGACUGUACGCGGGAGCCCAAUUGCACGGAGGUCUGGGAUACGGAUUUCAAUUGGCUGCAGAGCUGCCAGCGUUGUAUGUGCACCUCCGGUAGAAGGAUUUGCGAGCAGACUUGCGAUGAGAACACCAAUGCCAUAUGCGAAUCAAAGAAACUUAACGCCUUCUUCAAGGAUGGCGACCACUGGGACGAGGGUUGCUAUCACUGUGAAUGCGUCAAGGGUGAACCAAAGUGUACGAUAUCCCUUUGUGAGUCUCUUAGCUGUCCCAGCGAUCGUCAAGUGACUCUCGAAGGCGGUUGCUGUCCCCUCUGUUGGCCCAAGGGCCAUCCCAUGCCCCACGAGAAGCCAAGCAACUAUGAUGAGGGAUAUGGCUAUGAACGUAAGCAGGAGUAUACCGACACAGAUGAUCACACUGAGCUGCCACUGGACACAGUCAUUUUUGCAGAUAACAGCAACACCACCACCACAAGCACCACCACCACAACUAGCACCUCACAGCGUCCUGAAGUGAUUACCAAAAUUGAUCACAAUUUAAAGGAAAGCACCACUGCCGCACCCCCUUGCCAGGGACACGACCUUCCCAAUGUGGUUGUCGUCCAUCCAUUAAACGGCUUCAAAGAUCCUCAUCUUUAUCAUGUCAUCAUCGUAGUACUAGUGUUAAUCAUUGGAGUACUCUACUUGUACAUAAGACAUCUGCAUGCCAAACAACGUUCCUACAGACCAGUCUCCAACUUUGACGACAAGGUCUAAAAAGAGAAAGAGUCAAGGAGGAUUAGCUGAAAAUAAAAAUAAAAGAUGAAGAGUAAGCAAGUUAGAUAAGAUCUAGAAAGAGAGAUAACGAAGGAAUUGGCUAGAAUGAAAAAAUAAGAUAAUGAAAUAUAAGAGAGUUUGAAUGUCAGUAAACAAAAUAAUGAUAAUUAAAAAAAAAGAGAGAAAGAGAAAGAAAAGUUAAAAUAUGAAAUAUAUAAAAGAAAGAAAAACGCCCUUAAUUUUAACGCCAAGGCUUUAAAAGAAUAACAAAGGGAUUGAAAAUUAGAUACAAAGAAGAAAUAGAAGAGUAAAAAGGGGAGACACAAAAAGUUAGGUAGAUGAAAAAGUAGUAAAUAAAGAAAGAAGACCAAGAAGAAAAAAAAUAUACGGGACAAUGAGGAGAAAGAAGAGGAACAAGAAUGUUAAACAAAACUCUUAAAACUUUUGGAUAAAUAAGCAAAAUACUGAAACUGUUAAUUUUCAUUUGAUUAUUUUUCACCAUUAUUUUGUUUGUUUGUUUGUUUUUUAAAUUUUUUUUUUUUGUAUUUAAAAGAUCUCAUUUUAAUUUCACUUUCACUUCCAAGCAGACAUCCGCAGACGCAAAAGCAAAGUAUUCUUAUGAAAUUACGCGUAAAGAAAAGUUACUAUUUCUAAAAAAAAAAAAAGAAACAUAAAAGAGGGAAGUUUUAUUCAAGGAGUAGAAGAAGAAGAAGAAGAAGAGAAGUAACAUGUUGUAUAUACAUCGAUGGAAAUGCCCCAUCAGCGAACUAGUAUUAAGCACACCAAUGUUUUAUUAUAUUAUGCACGAACUUAAAUGCCAAAAUAUUAUUUCAUAUGACGAACGCGAUUGAAGACGAGAAAAAAAAGCGAGAGAAAACUACCAUGCAAAUGUGAGGUUAAGUACGCAAGACGUGUGAGGUUAGGUGGAGCUAACCUUAAAACUAAAUGAAAAAUCGUUCGCCAUAGUUUGUAUACUAAACGAAAGUAAGUUAGCCGCUAAGCUAGAAUAUCUAUGUGAUAUUUGUUAAUAAGUGUAUGUUAUAAACAAAUGCUAUAAACAAACAAACAAAACAAAACAAAACAAAACAAAUAAUAGAAGAGAAGUGAAGUUAUAAGUUGGCGCGCUAUCAAAAGUAUUCGCAAAUGGAUCAAUCUAUAUAUUAAUCAGCUGCUGAUCGUUGCCGUUAGUGUAUACCUUAUGUAUGUAUGUACUAUAUAUAUAAAUAUAUAAAUCAUUAUUCCCUAAAGUCUAAAUAAAUAACAGAAAAUCUGAUAAGCAAUGCGAAUUAUAUUGCCAACG